GCCGGAUUGAUAACUUUAUUGUUUCACUUUCAAUCAAAAUGGUACUAAAAUCGUAAGUUGAUAAACUGGAUUUGAAUAUAAGAAUAAAAAUGAACAAUAACCUAAUUAAAGUGAUUCUACCACUUAGCAUACUUGUGGCUGAAUGGAGAUGCGUGUACAGCAUUUACGGUCUCCUGUGUGUUUUUUUUGGGCAACAAAGGAUCGCAUUAAUAAAACAUGUAAGUGGUACAUGGGCUCCUGUGUGUAUUUUAUCAUAAUAUAAAUGGAGAUGCGUGUACAGCAUGUACUUUUAUGUAUAUAUGGGCAAACACACAAAUAUACUUUACUAUUUUUUUAGGGUUUUCUUUAUUAAAGAAAGGUUUAUAUAUUAUUAUUUUUUGUUGCCCAAUAGUUGAGUGCCAGGGCAAGCCAUGCCCAUAGAGAUUGUUUGUUUUCAUGAGAAAUUAAAAGAUUACAAAACUAAUAAAUUAGGGAAGAUGCAUGUUCGUGCGAUCUCGUAUGUCAAAGUACAGCAUGGCCGUAGUUGACAAACGAAUGACACAUAUUAUAGGUUUUUUUAGUAAAUAUCAUAUGAAUAUUUAUAUAUCUUUUUCAUGGUAGUAAAGUAUACGGAAUGGAACAUUUAUAUAGUUUUCAUAAUAACUAUGUAGAUCAUGUAUUAUUGCAAAAGAAGACGACAUGGUCCAAAACAAAUCAUUAACAAUACACAUUCAUCCAUAUAUAUAUACACAAAAACACAUAUAGUGGACCUACGUUUAUGACUUUGUGUAUAUAUAUACAACGUACGAAACUAGUACCUCUAUACAUUUCAUCUCACACUAAACCUCCAAAGAAAACGUCCAUCUCUCUUCUCUCUCAUAAAUCAUAACCAUGAUGAAGAAGAGCAAGCUGAUCACAAAGGCAUGGAAGCAAAUGUCUAGCAGAAUAGCCAAACAUCGGGCUUCCACCGAGAACCUUCAUAUACCACAUGACGUACCAAAGGGACACCUAGUGGUGUACGUAGGCAAAGAAGAGGAGAGUUACAAGAGGUUCGUGAUCAAGAUCACGUUGCUUCACGAUCCCACCAUCAGGGCUUUGCUUGAUCAAUCAAAAGACGAAGCUUACGAUGAUUUCACUUCCGGAGAUUCUAAGCUUUGUAUCCCUUGCGAUGAAAUCCUCUUCCUCGAGGUCCUCCGUUGCGCUUCUCCCCGUUAGUCUUGACUCUUGAUCUUGAUGAGUCUCUAAUUCGAGUAAAGGUUUAGUUGUUCGGCUAAUGUAACACGGGUCCUCUUGAGAUCUAUGUAGAGUUAAUGAAGAGAUUUGUAAUGUGAACCAUUUUUAGCUGAUAUAAGACCUUAUUGAUUGCGUUGCAUCAACUUAUCAUAUACUUUAUAUUACGGAGCAAGAUAUAAUUUUUCUCAACUGAUAUGUAGUAAUAAUGAUAUUAAAGUAUCAAUGAUUAUGGUAAAUAAAAACAAAAGCCAGAAAAAUAAAAAACACUCGUUGAGAGAUUGUUGAAUCAAAGAUGCUUGUUUUUAUUUGG